AUGGAUUCAACCGCGGCACUGACAGACGGGCGACUCAUUCCCAGCAGUUUUAGGAAACCCAUCGUUAUCUAUACGAAUGUGGAAAUCCCUGCUGGAUCCAUUGAUGUUCGCUCUCUGUUGCCUACUGCAGAUGAAGUAAAAUUACUUCAGAUUGUUCGAACUCACCUAGAACGUGCCGUUAAAUCGUCGGAAUUCAAGGUCAACCUGGAUAUUGAAAUGUUCGAACUAUGCACGCUAAGAAACCAAAAAUGGAAUCUCAACGGAACUGAAAUUCUUGAAAAAGGACUCUCCGUCCCAGCGGUGAUUGAGAAUAAGCAUGAACUGCAUACAUUCUGGAAUGAUAAAAAAUAA